AUGCACAAGAAGAAUGGGAGAAGCUUUUCACGCAACUCGCCGAAAAUCUGUUUUGGACUGAAGCACAAAGUAAAGCAUUACUCGAUGAACAGCCAGUUGGUGUUAGCGCAUAGUUACCUUAUGCAACACGAUUUACGGCCACGUAUACGAAGCACCAGUGUUCUAGCACCAGAUGAAGAAGCUGAAAAUGGGAAUGCUGAGCUGCGUCGCGUUGGUAUUCAAAUUAAAUCGGAUAGCGAUCGGCUGGGCGAGAAGUGGGCUGAGCUCCGGGAGCAGUUGGGAGCCUGGACUCGUAUCAUCGUUGAUGCGCACGCAAAAAUGGAAAAAAUGGCAGCCGCAAUCGCGGAAUGCCAGUUGGCGCUAUCGAACAUGGAAGAACGCAUGGAGUUGCUUCGACCGGUCGAGCAGCUACGUCUGGAAGAGCUACCGGCAGCGGUGGAUGAAAGUGAGCAACUGAAAGAGUGUCUGGCACGAACGCGAAUUCACAUUGAUGAUGCGAAUGAUUGGAGUGGCCAGCUGCUAGCAUCCGAUGUUGAUCUGGCGCCCGAGCCAAGCGUACAAUUGAAAUCCAUCAAUGACAGGUUUGUGAGAUUUUCGGAUCUUCUUGGUUCUUAUGCUUUAUCCUGA